AUGAUUAAUGGUAGCCCUACGCCUAUCUUCAAAGCUAGGAAAGGCCUGCGGCAAGGGGACCCUUUAUCUCCCCUCCUUUUUGUUCUGGGUAUGGAAUACUUAUCAAGGCUUCUAAAGAUUGUGCAGGGUUCCUUUAAUUUUCAUCCUCGGUGUAAAACCAUAAAGCUGUCUCACUUGUGUUUUGCUGAUGAUUUGAUGCUGUUUUGCAAGGGUGAUAUCUUGUCUGUUCAGGUCUUGUGUAAAUGUCUUGAUAUUUUUGCACAUACUUCGAACCUCCAAGCCAAUUCCUCGAAAUUCGCUUUGUAUACUACGGGGGUGCCCAUUGAUAUCCAGAGGGAAAUGAUCACUCGUGCGAUGCAUUGCAGCACUGCGUUGUUGGAUGGGUGUUGGGUUUUGCCUAUUGAUAAGAUGGAUUUAAGGAAGUCAAAGAAGAAUCGGAUGACUUACCAUUGGGAGUUGCUGCUUUGGUUUUUCCCUUGCUCUUAUGUAAAUGAAGAGUGGGCCGAGGAUACCCUUCCUAGAAGAUGGGCUUCGGCUUUUAAGCUAGCUGUUUACGGAGAUGUUUGGAUACAAGAUGCUCCUCAUAUAUUCGGAUAUUUAGAGCUUCUUAUCAUCUAG